UUCAGUAAAAAGCGGAAAUGUUUAGUUUAUUAGCUUAGCUAUGGUGGUAGCUAUCUUACUGUGUGCACCGUAAAAUCUGACUGAAGCUGUGUGUUCCAGCCGCUUUUAUUUUUAUUAGAUAGCGUUAACGUAGCUAGAGAUUACCAAGAACAAAACAGACACGCCAAGUGCUAUUCUGUUUAAGAAAUCUAACGAAAUGACAAGGCUACAAACUUUAAACCUUUUCUUGACCGAGCGUUUCAUGGCGGCGCUGAAUGAAAUCAUGGAGAAGGUUGGAGUAACUUUUCUGGAAUACGAAGAAGAGAUGGAGCGGACACAAAGAGAGAACGAAUUUCUAAAAGGGCGCUUACAGGAGCUUGAGAUGGUCCUUGCUUCAGCGGGUUCGGGAGUUUUGUUUUCUCCAAAUUUUCCGGAACCAGGUUCACCUCCAGCACAGCAGGAAAGGAGAUCCCUCCAGGAGCAACCCGAGUCCAGAGAGCUCGAAUUGAACCAGAACCAGUUACUUAGAGGGCAGCAUGUUAGCAUAAAGACAGAAGCAUCUUCACACCCUUCUCAUGUACAGUCUUUCUUGGAAAGCGCACCUGAGCCUUUGGAUACCAGUCAGUGCCUCGCCCAAACAGACCACGAUGAUGAACUUGAUUUAGCCAUUGUGGACGAAACGAGUAAUAUGAAAAGGGAGCCCACCGAAAGUACUGUACCGCAGAUCUCCUCCGAUGGAACGGUCCACAGCCCAGUGCUUCAGAUCGUAGAUUUGGAGUCGGUCAGCACUGCUGCCUGUAGCAUAUCUAACCCACCUAUGCUAAAUGAUGAAAUUGUGUACAGUAUACCACAUGAAGAAAGUGAUCUGGAAUUAAGUAACUCUCCAAAGGGCGAUUCUAGCACAUUGCAAGAAUCUGUGAAGACGACAACCACCAGCUGUAAUGUAUUUCCAACUGCAGAUCACAAAAUGAUCAGAGCUAAUACUAGCUGCAAUAUGUCGGCUCUGCACACUGGGCCACAGUCAAUGAAGACCAUGAGCCACGCUGCCACAGGUGCCAGGGACCCGCCAAGUGCCUCGGGUAAAGCUUCAAUCUCUGUUCUACAUAGCCAAGCCCUUAACCAGGGGGCAGGAGUCGGAGUCGGAGCCUUGCAAGGCCGUGCCACCCUUACGUGCCCAGAGUGCGGCCGGCCGUUCCUGCACCGCUCGCAGCUAAAGGUGCACAUGUACAUCCACACGGGCGAGAAGCCGUACGUGUGCAAGCAGUGCGGCAAGCGCUUUAACAACGGCGGCACGCUCAGCAAUCACAGCAGCGUGCACCGGCAGGUGCGCAUGUAUAGCUGCCCUGUGUGUCACCGCCGCUUCAAGGACACGUACACCUGCCGCAAGCACAUGCGUGUGCACGCCAAAGUAGCGCACGCUGCCGUCCAGCAGGAUCUUAACAGUGGAGGUUCAAGAGAAACUCUGGCAAAGCAUUAUUAAUUUCUGUAGAACUUGGGGGGGUGUCUUUGUUGUUCUUGUUCUUUUUUUGGUGUUCGUUUUGUUUGUUUGUUUUUGUUUUUAGAUAGGUCAAAAUGAUUUGUUGCAUGAAUGCUGGUAGCUCAGUAAAAUCCAUGGACUCAUCAUGUAUGGUAAGAAAAAUAUAUUGUGUGAUGUAGUAAAUAUGAUUAAUAUAAA